UCAGUACGAAUCUUACCGUCCGGUUGAUUGGUUGUUGUUUAUUCAAAGAGCUAACGCUGUUACACAUGUUUCGUGUAAACGUAUCUUCCGCUUUCGUUCUUUCGUUAUUUUAACGUUUCAAUUUUUUGAUUUUGACUUUUCUACAUUGUUUCGGUUUAUUAUAAAAAAUUUUUUUUUUGCUAAAUCGUGCUGUCACCAUUUGGAAUAAUUAUUCUUUGAUCGAAUUAAAAUUGGAAUAUCUGUGAAUUGACUAUUGAAUUAAAUUCUUGAAAAAACUUCAACAAGAAAAAAAAUUACAAACGUGUGUUAGUGAGACCAACGGUCAAUGUGGUUUGGGUGUUUCAACUGUAAAAUAUCGAUCAUCGGUUGAAUCCGAUUGACAAAAAAGGACUGUGUCUAAAAACAUUUGACAAGAGUGAGAAAAAAGAACGCCGCCACGUCUGAAAUAUUUCCAAACGAAGCACCAACUGUCUAUAAUACCUUUUGAAAAUUGAGGUAUAAAGUAGCAAAUGCCUGCAGAAACAUUUACAAAGGACCUAUCAUCCACUAUAUCGUCGUUCAUCAUCGAUGCUGCAAUUGAUGCUAUUUUCCGUACAUUGUUACGAAAAUCAAUUUUAGAACAAGUUGAAAUAGAUAGAGAUAUUCCGUAGAUGCAUUUUACCUUCGGCGGAACAAUAUUAUUUUCAACAUUAAAGAAAAUAAAUGAAAAGCAGUUGUGUGUUAUUGAGAGCCUGACAAAGUGCCCCCCACUGCAUCUGAACAUAUGCUGAAAUUGAAUGUUGAACCAAACGUGUAUUGGUUUUUGUGCAAAAAGUGUGUAUCGAUUGCAUCAUCGUAUCAUCCAUGAGUAUGAAGUGUAAAGAGUAAUCCAUUUUAGAACAAAAUAGUGUAGACAUCUUACGAGCUUAACGUUAACACAAUACAGAGAGAAGAAAAAAUAAAAUCAAAACAAUUCGACGUAUACUCUUUAAAUAUUUACCGUUUACGUAUAUGUGAAUCUGAGAGGUAGUUCAGUGUCAUAUCCAUUGUAACGUAAAAAGUAUUUUCGUCGAUUGAAUGCACGACGGCUUUAUUUCAAGACGAAAACGAAAAGCUAAAAAUUCAUUUGUCUUGUGCGAAUGUGUGAAUUAAGACGAUAAGUUUCAUCAACUGGAAUAAUCAAAGUCGACGUAAAACGAAAAGACAGAAAAUCUAGUGAAUGAAAGACAAAAUUGAUAAGUUUGUGUUUCGUGUAUGGUGUGAUAAGCGUUGGAAUUGAAACUCAUUUCCACACCCUUAAAAUCCAAACUGGCAGAAGAUAAAUUGUUUGAGCAUCGAAAUUCAACGCUCAAUCCCCUCAAAAACUGAGAUUGUUUUAUCUUUGACGCCAUAAAACUGUUUGCCGUGUCAUUGUCAUUUUGAACGCGAUUGCGUUGCUUUCCGUCGUCAAAUUCAUUGCACAGAUCGUUUGUGUCGCGAACAUUUUGUAAAUCAGUAAUUAGCUUCACUUUUUGUGAGCUACCGAGUAAGUGACUAAGUGUGUACGUUGCACAAAAGACGUUAAAUCCUAGAAGCAGGAAAUAAGAGAGUUAAAAAAAAGAUUUCAACCAUGGAAACAGACGAAGUAAUAAAGUUGGUUGACAACAUCUAUAAGAACAUUUUGGAGAAGUUCAAUCCAGGCGCUCGACAACUAAUUAGUGCCGGCAAAGCGUAUCUCAAGGCAUUACACGGCGCUGCCGCAGCGAGCCGUGUUUUCAACGAGGCACUGGCCAAAAUCGCAAUGAAUGCUCAACAAGGUGGAACAACUGAUAUCGGUUCAGCGCUCAUGAGCAUCGUUGGUGUUUAUAAAGAAAUCCAAGAUCAGCACAUGAACAUUUUGAAAGCUUUCUAUGUGGAUUUAUUGGUGCCGUUGGAAACAAAUCUCGAACGAGACACUAAAGUUGUACAGUUUGAGCAAAGGAAAUUUUUGCAACAACAUAAAAUACGAGCUGACAGUUACAGCAAAGCAGCGGCUACCAUGAAAAAGCAACGAAAGAAGAAAAAUAACGCCCAAAAUGCUGAUAAGGAGAUCAAAUCGAUUCAAGCAGUGGACGAAGAGAAGAACAAAUUGGAUGCAUUCUGUGAACAAAGUCUUAAAAAUGCCAUGACACAAGAGCGUCGUCGCUAUGGAUUUGUUUUGGAACGUCAAUGUUCGUUGGCUAAACACUGGAUCGCUUAUCAUACAUCGGGAAAGAAUUGCAUUUCAAGUCAUUUGGAUAGCUGGGAUGAAGUAUCUGCAUCGAGAGAAUUUUUGCCACCAAACGUUGAAAACAUGUUCGCCAAGAAUAUCAAGGAUCAAUAUAUUGACGAUGAAUCUGAUCGUGGUUCCAUAAUCUCGGCCAUACGCAAAACGAAGAGCAUUGAUGCAUCUUGUUUGGAUAUGCGUUCGUUGGGAGAAGUUGUUAACAGUACAACGAUGAAUAUGCCACGCGCUAAAUCUGAAUUCAAUUUAACGACAACAGCAACGAUUGAACCAACUCCCAAGAAUGAUUCACGUCCGGUAGUUCGUGCAUUGUACUCGUAUUUGGCAUCGGGAGAGAAUCAAUUAACUUUCCAUGAAAAUGAUCGAAUUGCAUUGGUGGGUGAACGUGCCAAAGGUUGGCAAUUCGGUGAAAAUUUACGAACGACACUUUUUGGCUGGUUCCCAGUUGCAUACACUGAAAAUGAAUUCGAAGAUCAUUGGAGUUCGGCACAGAAUGGCCAUCAUUCAAAUGGACAAAUGCAACAACAAAUGGUCGGUCAUCAAAAUGCACAUCAUCCACGUGAUCAUACGCCGGAUUCAUCACUUGAUAGUACAUUGAUUGAAGAAGACGAAGAUGAAACUGCAAUUUCGUCCAAAUUGGCAUCAUAUCAAGAUGAACAUUCACCCACACGGAUGUUUGGCGACACAAUUAUGUAUCGUCAAUCGAAGCAAUAUCGUCGUGUAUCCGGUAACAAUACAAAUGGUGCAAUGAAUGGAAUGCCAAAACCGGGUCCACCACCCACAUUACCAGCACCCAUUCCACAUGGUACAUCAUCGAAAAAUCACAAUCAAAUUUCACAAUCGCAUAGCUUUUCGUCGAAUGGUGGGCCGCCAAUCAUCGAAAACCGCAAAUCGAUGCCAUCCACAUUGAACUACACCAAACAGGCAUCUGGUAUGAAACCGAAACCACGAAGCGGUGUGACAAGCGCAUCGUUGCACAGCUCCAACGAUAGCGGUUUUGCCAAUGAUCCACCGCCACUCGAUCCACAAAUCGAUUACUCGGACGAAGAGAACAUCAAUCGAGUUCCAAUACGAUCAAAUCAUGAAAGUAGCACAUUGAAAAAGUCGCGUAUACCCCGGCGUUCUGGUGGCGAAACUCAAACAAGCACAAUGAAAUCGAUAAAAAACAAAAACACAUCACCACAAUCACGCCAUAAUAUUCGUCAAUCAACCAGUUUUGGCAAUCUAACCGACGAACAAUCAAUGGAUUUACUUUAUCGCACAAUUGAUCAGCGCAACGGUCAUCUGGUUAAACGAACAAAGUCAUUUUGGAAAUUUGGUAAAUCAGAUGAUGAAAUUCUCGAAGGUAUGGCAUUGUGGCAGCAUAAAGAUUUAGUUCAAACUGAUCAUGAAAAAACGAUGGAACGUGAACGUGAGGCAGCUGCCACGUUAAAACGAUUGCGUCACCGUAGCUUGGAAAAUCAAACGAUUAUUAGCACAAACAGUUCGGAAACAUUGGUGAAUGGCCAAAAUAGUGUGCACAACGAUUUUUCAAGCAUUGACGAACCGAUCAUUUAUCCAAUAACAAAAAGUAAGAUUGAUGGGCGCGUUGCAAUGCAACAACGCGAUGAUAGACGUGAUGAGGAUAAUAUUUACGCUCGAAAUGAUCGCAUUCAAGCGCGUUCACCGCCACCGAACAUGGUUUCACGUGCUAAACUUGUCCAUCAAUACGAAAUGGAACGAGAAAAUGAGAAAAAUGACAAAUACAACAACGAUAAGUACAGUAAAAAACAAUCGAAAAAAGAACAACAACACCAACAACAACAACAACAACAGCAGCAGCAGCAGCAACAAACACAAAAUCAUCAGCAAUCACGUCAAUCACGGCCGAAAUCGAGUAGCAAGAAUACCAACGGUAAAUCAAGUCAACAAGUAAUCAAAACCAUCGAAUAUUAUGACACCAGCGACAUGGAUACAUUGAAAAAACAACCGAAAAAACAUGAUUACAGCCGUGAUUUUGAUGAAGCGCCAUUGAUCAUAAACACAAAUUCAUUGCGCCGCAGCACGGCGGAAAAUCAAUUCUUCGAUGAUGACAGUGUCACAGAUGUUAUCAUGAAAACAGUAAAACGUCAAGAGAUUUUGAAACAAUACUAUUCUAGUGGCACAGACACCGAGCGCAAUUCAGCGUCAAGCUCGGAUCCAUAUGAUUGCAUUGUUGUUGAUGAUCAUUUGGUGCGUCGUGAAAAUCAAAAGAAUAAACAUAAAAAUGCAAAUAAUGGUAAAAUGGAAUUUAAAACGUUCCGCGGUGAAAGCGAUCAAAACAUUGAAUUGGAAGAAAUUAACACAUCUCGACCGGGAACUCUAUUGCCACGAACCAAAUUAGCAAAAAAUGCACCGAUUCAUCGUUCAAACGGAUGCUUCAGCGACACCGAUGCAAUAAUGAAAUCAAAGAGCAUUGACCGACGCGAAAGACGAACCGGCCGACAAGCGACAUCAAAUGGAAAUGGAAAAACCGACAGCAAACAUAAUGACUAUCAAAAUGAAAGACCAACUUCGUUUGGACCAUGGUAUGAUUUGUGGGGUCAAGACAAUUCAGUUCGUUUGGCAUAAAGUUUGUUUGACUUGAUUCUAUCUAGCAGCAAAUUUACAUUUUAUUGACUUAUAUGCGCUAAGUUUAGUUCAUUAGUACUUUUAGUUUUUAUUAACCACAUUUUACAUUUUAGAGGAAAAUAGUCAUAUUUACAUUGAGAUUCAAAAUGACACGCACACAAACCACUAUUAAAUGGAAUCAAUAGGUGAAACAGCAUAUUACAUUGCUGCAAAAGAUGAAGCGGCAGCAGCAUAAAAUGGUAAAUUGGUUUUUUGAAGGCGUCGUUUCACACAUUUAUGGAUGAAUGCAUAAAACCAUCUUUUUCGAGCGCAUUUCACGUAUUGCCAAUUAAUGAGCUAAUAAAACCAAUACUUAAAUACAUGGUUCUUGUUUAUGACGAUAUCCGUUUUCAUGGAUUGAUUCUGUUCGGGGAACAUUUAAUGUGCACACGUACUACAUACAACAAUGAUGCGCGGCAGUAUUAGUUUUAUCGACAUUCAUGCCUAUUCACAUUCACAAACGCACACCGUCAAUAUUUCAAUUUAAAGUGAAAACUUUAUCUUCUCGAACCAACAUUUCGAAUUAAUAGACACGUACAUUGCAUUUCAACGGUUUAACACAUGUGUUCGGUAGUGCGUGUUGAUGCGACGUCAAACGAACACUUUUACUCAUUCAAUCGUUGCGUUAUUUUCAAACGGUGUCGAUUUUAUAUGCUUUAAACUUUGAAAUGCAAAAUCAUUUACAUUUACACCAUGCGAAUUACGAACGAUUCACUCUCUCAGAUUGCGCAAUUUAUUCGUGAAACAGAUAAAUGUUUCAAACUUUAGAAGCUUUUGUGCUUUGAGGUUUUUUCUUUUGCUUUUCGCCAUUGAUGUCGAUUCUUUUCAAUGAAUCUAUAUGGAAAAUUCUUCGAUUAAAGUGCGACCCAUGUAAGGGGGCCACAAAAAAUAAUUGCAUAGUUUAAGCAUGUACUACAUUAGGAAUACGGAAGGGCAAUGGGAUUUUUAUAUUUGUUAAAUAUGUACGUUAAAAAAAACGAUGACGAUUAUUUGGAUCAAAACUGGGAGAAAUACACACGGACACGUUUUUGACCUGGCUGAAAAAGCUUUAUUGAAAUGAAUUUUCACGAAAUAAAAAUUGUAAAUAAUACGAAGUGUAUGUGAACGAGAGCCAUUAUUACCGCAUUGUCAAUUUGAAAUGGAAACCAUAGAUUUUCAUCGAAGCCGGAAGACUGCAGCUUCAUUCAUAAGGCGAUUUUCUAUUAAAUAAUUUUGUAUUUUGUAUAAAUUUUACCACCUCUCAAUCCACUAUUAUUUCUUUUUUUGGACAAAAAGUGAAAUUGCCUUCCAAUGUUGACCAAAAUGCAAACACAUGGAACGAGAAAAAAGUGUGGCGAUUAAAGUAAUGCUCAUGCAAUAAUCGUAACAGCACUUCGUCAAAUGCCGGGAAAAUAUUUUGUUCUUAUUUAAUUAGCCAUGUACUUUUAUACAAUAGUAAAAUGGAAGCCUAACAAAAAAAAAAUACAUUCAGAAAUUGUUUGAAGUCGGCCGCAAGUAGUAAUUUAAUUUUAGUCAUUCGACUUAUUAUUACACGAUUUAAGUAACAACAAAAAAAAUCUUCUACCCCCUCUUUUUGUACAUUACAAAAGAGCGACGCGUUAGCGUGCGCUCGACAAAAUUAUUAUAAGUGCCAAAUUGAACAAAUGAACAUAAAUCGAAACUAAUGAGCUUAGCCGGAGAAUGAUAGAUUCCUGACUAAAAAAAAACUCGCACAACAGCUCAAAUCGAUCAUUCACUUAAGAAAUUAUUGAUUAUCAUUUAUUUCUGUAAAGACAUUUGUUUCUUUCUUCAUAAGUUUUUUCUUCUUUUUUUUGUCC